AUGAAAAUUGGAACCUUAAAUGUACAGAACAUCAAAGGCAACUCAGUCUACAUCAACGAGAUACUGAAAGAAAUAGACAUUUUGCUAAUCCAAGAGCACUGGAUGUUCAAGUUUGAAGAGAGGGAAAUAGGAAACAUACUGCAUGACCAUGAUUUUUAUGCUAGGUAUGUUGAUGAAGAUACACCCAUUAGCCAAAAAGAACGAAUCAGAGGAUAUGGAGGCGUAGCUACUAUCUGGCCAAAGAACAUCCCGAGCCACAUUAAACCACUCCUUGAAGGUAACAACCACAUUGCUAUUAUCGAGUUGUAUGCAAAGCCAAGACCACUCUGCAUAAUCAAUGUCUAUAUGCCAUGUAGAGGUGGAAAACAUACAAGUGCAGAAUACAGAGACUCCUUAGAUGUAGUUAGAGAAGCUAUAACAAAAUACAGGAGAACCUACACUAUCCUAUUGGGCGGUGACCUAAACGCUUCUUUACAUAGACCAAACCCUAAUAAUUUGGACAAUCUACUGAGGGAAUUCUGCAACGAACUCAGCAUCAUCACUCCCGAGUAUUACCCUGAAGAACCAACUUUCUUUCACCAUGAUAACAAAAGCACGUCACAGAUUGACUACCUUCUCAAGCUACAAGACCAAAAUGACGAUGGUAUACAGCAGGUCAGUAUACGAGGUCAGCAAAGUACCAACACAUCCGAUCAUGUCCUUACCACUGGGAAAAUGUACAUAAAACCACACAAGAAGGCAAAGACCGAACCACCUACAACAACUGAAUACCAUAAACCAAAGUGGAUUAAAUGUGAUGAUUCCAGAUACCAAUCCUCUAUUGAUGAAUAUUUAAACGAAGAACCCAAAUGCCAGAAUGACAACACCAAUAUUCAGCUAAUAUUGGAUAUUGUACACCUCAGCAAUACUCUACACACUGCGGCUGAAACUGCAAUUCCAAAGCAUAAAGCCAACGGUAAGAGAACUCAAAAGAAGAAAGGACGAACACCCUGGAAUGAAAAUAUUGGACAAGCUUCUAGGAUAGCCAAGAAAGCACACUAUGACUGGGUUAUGGAAGGAUCUCCAAAAGGACAAAACUGUAUGCUAUUCAACAACAUGAAGGCAACAAAGAAAACGCUGAGACAGAAACAGCGACAAGCCCAAGCUCGCAUACGUGAAAAGAAGUACAGCGAUAUAAUAAAAUCCGCAGAUCUCAACCAAAAACUGUUUUUCAAGUUGGUACGAGAACAACGUACCUCACACUGCGCAGAAACUGACACCUUAUACCUAGACGGACACGAACUACAAGGAGAUGAACUAAUUUUAAAAGGCUGGAACACACACUUCAAUAGCCUUGGAACUCCUGAUGCCAACCAGGUAAAUGAAGAAGAAUGUUUACUCAUCAAAGAAAUCCUGGAAGACCCUGAAAAGAGAAGUGAGAUCCCAGAUAUCACACAAAUGCAAGUGGAGAAUGCCAUCAGUAAACUUGCUAACAACAAAGCACCUGACCAUCUAGGGCUUACAGCUGAACACUUAAAAAAGGGUGGAGCUACUAUAGUAAAUUCUAAUGAAUUUUUAAAUAGAUUUUAA